GCGCGAGGAAAGUUUGUAUCCCUCUCGGAGCUGACGGACCUACCGCUGUAUGAUGCUGCAUUUCUCGGACGACAGAAACGGCUUUACUAAAAUUCUGCUCCCGAGAUAAAAAACUGAGCUUAACGGACAUGGCCGCUCCAGUCACUCAGGAGAAGCGAGCUGCCCUGCCGCGUGUCUGGGGUCAGUUUGUCCAGGAGCUGAAUGGAGUUUCCGCUGUUGGACUCUGCGUAGUGGCCUAACCACGGCCAGCAACACAGUCACAGGGAGAGACUGUUAAACAUGAUGCUCCCACUCCAAUGAGAGGACACUGAUUCUCAUAUUUUCACUGGCUUUAUCUGUGACCACCAAUAUGUCCGACCAAAGCUACUACUGGACCGUUCUUCCCAGCUACAAAACCAGUUUUGUGACUGGAGCAAUGAUGAGAAGGUCGAAAAGUUCCCGUAACAAGAGGAGAAGUUUGGCGGUCGGGACUCCGUCGCCCACGCUGUCGCGACCUCUUUCACCUCUUCAUCUCGCAACAGCUGGAAGUAGUCCCUCAGAAAGCCCCAGGAAUAUCUCCACUAGCACCUCUUCCAACUUCCAGUUCGCCCGCAGCCAGCUGGCCCGCACCGAAAGCAGGGCGGAUGGGCGACGAUGGUCUGUGGCAUCUGUUCCCUCCUCUGGAUACUGCACCAACGCCCCCAGUUCAUCAGUUUCUUCCUCAUCCUCCCAUGAGCUGCUGCACCAGCUGCCCUCUCAGCCCACUCAAGAUGAUCUUCACGUCCUCUUCAAACAUUUUCGGAGCUCGGAGAGCAUGGUGGACGACGAAGGAGCUCACCCUGUGCACCAUCUCAGGGUCCGCUCACGCAGCCUCAGCCCUGGCCGGACCUGUGGAACAUUCGACAAUGAAAUUGUCAUGAUGAAUCAUGUCUACAAAGAGCGCUUUCCCAAGGCAACAGCUCAGAUGGAGGGUCGGCUGCUGGACAUCAUUUCGGAGUAUUCUCCGGACACCGCUCUGCCCCUGGCUGACGGUGUGCUGGGAUUCAUUCAGCACCAGCUGGUGGAGCUGGCCCGGGACUGUCUGGAUAAGUCCCAGGACGGCCUGGUCACAUCCAGGUACUUUGUGGAGCUUCAGGAGAAGCUGGAGAAGCUGCUGCAUGAGGCUUAUGAGCGUUCAGAGAGCGAGGAGGUGACCAUCAUUAUCAAGUUGGUGAAGAAGAUUCUCAUCGUCAUCUCCAGACCUGCCAGGCUGCUAGAGUGUUUGGAGUUUGAUCCAGAGGAGUUCUAUCAGCGCUUGGAGGCUGCAGAGGGCCAAGCCAAAGUAGGCCACGGCAUUAAGACUGACAUUCCCCGAUACAUCGUCAGCCAGCUUGGCCUCACUAGAGAUCCACUAGAAGAGAUGGUCCAUCUGGAGCAGCAGACCAGUCCGUGUCAAAGGUCAGCCAGUAGGGAGUCUGAUGACUCUGGAGAGGCAACACCAGUACAGAGCCGAGCUGCCUGCACCCCUCCUCGUAGGAAACCGCUGGAGAGUGACUUUGAGACUAUUAAGCUCAUUAGCAACGGAGCCUACGGGGCCGUAUAUUUGGUGCGCCACAAAGAAACCCGCCAACGUUUUGCCAUGAAGAAGAUUAACCGACAAAACCUGAUUCUUAGGAACCAAAUCCAGCAGGUGUUUGUGGAACGUGAUAUCCUCACGUUCGCUGAAAAUCCAUUUGUGGUCUCCAUGUUCUGUUCUUUUGAGACCAGGAGGCACCUAUGCAUGGUCAUGGAGUAUGUUGAAGGUGGAGAUUGUGCCAACCUGUUGAAGAACAUCGGCCCCCUCCCUGUCGACAUGGCCCGGAUGUAUUUUGCAGAGACCGUACUUGCCUUGGAGUACCUUCACAACUAUGGCAUUGUGCACAGAGAUCUCAAACCUGACAACUUGCUGAUCACGUCCAUGGGCCACAUUAAACUGACGGACUUUGGGCUGUCAAAGAUCGGCCUAAUGAACAUGACGACCAACCUGUAUGAGGGGCACAUUGAAAAAGAUACCAGAGAAUUUAUAGACAAACAGGUGUGUGGCACUCCAGAGUAUAUCGCUCCUGAGGUCAUCUUGAGGCAGGGUUACGGCAAACCUGUGGACUGGUGGGCUAUGGGUGUGAUCCUUUACGAGUUUCUGGUUGGCUGUGUGCCUUUCUUUGGAGACACCCCAGAGCAGCUCUUUGGUCAGGUUGUUAAUGAUGACAUCAUCUGGCCGGAAGGGGAAUACGCUUUGCCAGCUGAUGCUCAGGAUCUGAUCACCCGACUGCUGAGGCAGAACCCUCUGGAGCGCCUGGGAACAGCUGGGACCAAGGAGGUGAAGAGUCACAUGUUCUUCCUGGGCCUGGACUGGAACGGCCUCCUGAGACAGAAAGCUGAGUUCGUACCUCAGCUGGAGUCUGAAGAGGACACGAGUUACUUUGACACACGGUCGGAGCGCUACUGUCACCUGGGCUCAGAUGAUGAUGAAACCAACGAUGACGAGUCGUCUCUGGAACUCAGACAGUUCUCCUCGGUGGCUCACCGCUUCAGCAAGGUGUACAGCAGCACAGAGCACCUGUCCACUUCCACCCCAUCCAAUCAGAGCCUCUCAUCGUCCGAGCGAAGCCACAGUGAGGAGAAGGAAGACCGCUGGGACAGCAGGCGAGUCCUCUCACCGGGAGACGGACACAAGAACUUGGCUGCUGGAGACAGGAGGACAGAUGGACACAGAGGGAGUCUUCGUCCUCGUGCUUCCUCCAGCUCGUCACAUUCAGAACGCAGCGGCAGCCCGCUGGUCAUGAACAGCACGCAGAGCCUGGACGCAGCAACUCGCUUCACCAUCCCCACUGAGGAGGAAGACGGGAUUGUCUCCAACCUGAGGCGGAUCCGUCUGCGGAGCAACAGCACGGGGACGCGGCCAUCGUUCCGCAGAGGCGCGUCGCGGCGCAUCGCCCACCAGCUGGAGACCCCAGAGAAACCCAGGUCCCCCGCUGGAAAUGUCCCCAAGUCUGCUUCUAUUUCUGGUCUGUCCCUCAUCAUUACCCCAGAUGACUCGGCUGGUCCUCCUCUAAGUCCCAAAUCAUCCCUGUCCCUGUCGUCCAACCCAUCCUCCCGGGACUCGUCCCCCAGCCGGGACCUGCCCAUCAGCAUCAGCUGCCUCAGGCCCCCAGUGGUCAUCCACAGCUCUGGCAGGAGGUUUGGCUUUGCCCUGCGAGCCAUCAGGGUCUACAUGGGGGACAGCGACGUCUACACCGUCCAUCACAUGGUCUGGUCCGUUGAGGAUGGCAGUCCAGCACAUGAGGCAGGACUGAGGGCGGGCGACCUCAUCACCCACGUCAAUGGGGAAUCUGUCCAGGGUCUGGUCCACACUGAGGUGGUGGAGCUUCUGCUCAAGAGUGGCAAUAAGGUGACUCUGCAAACAACUGCGUUGGAGAACACCUCCAUCAAGGUGGGCCCAGCCAGGAAGGCCAGCUACAAGGCCAAGAUGGUGAGGCGCAGCAAAAAGAGCAAGAAGAAGGAUGGGCAGGACAGUACUAGGCGUCGCAUCUUUAAGAAACUGUCGAAGCACACAGCUCCGCCCCCGAUGCAGAGCAGCCGCAGCUUCUCCUCCGGCUUCCCCCAAUCGUCCAGCGACAGCCUCUCCGGUUCCCCCACACCGAGCCUGUCCCCAGGGCCCUCCACGCCGUGCCGCUCCCCGGCCCCUGACCACUCUGGAGAUUCCAGCUCGUCUCCAAGUUCCAGUUCUCCCAACUCGCCGGUGCCACAGGCACGCCCCAGUUCCCUCCAUGUUCAUGGCCGCUACGCCAAAACUGGGCGCUGCAAAUCCACCAGCAGCAUCCCCCCCUCCCCUCUGGCCUGCAUCCCCCCCCCUCAGCCGCUCUCCCCUCAGUGCUCUCCAUCCUGUCUCCAGAGCCAUCCCAAGUCCAUGCAGGGCUUCCACGGGAAGACACUGUCCCCCCCCACGGUCGCUCGCCACUCGGUACGCCCGCGCAGCGUAGAACCGCCACGCUCACCCUUGCUCAAGAGAGUACAAUCUGCAGAGAAGCUAACGGGAGACAAGACUGGUAAGGGAGGUUACCAUGGAGAAAGGAAGGCAUAUAGUACCCGCCGCCACACCAUGGAGAUGCCGCUAUCGGAGGGGGAGGGCCUGGAGGACGAAGAAGGGGACACCACCACUAGCUUCGUGUGUGUGGGUGAACACGGCCGGCAGGGGCUGAACCUCAGGGGGCAGAGGGAGGCCCAUGACCCGGCCGGCGUGGGCGGGAACCACCAGCGGCUCGCCGCCAGCUCACCUCAGCACCGGGGCGGCGGCCCCCAUCCCAAGGAAGUAAUGAGGAAGUUGGCUCUGUCAGAGCGAAGGGAUUCGUUUAAGAAACAGGAGGCAGUGCAGGAAUUGAACUAUGACCUAGAAGAAGCGGAGGAGACGCCGAGCCCGAAGCCAGAAGCAUUUACAGCGUCCUGGAUCAACCUGUCUGCGGUGGAGUCCAGAGGGACGGUGGACGGAGGGGCAGCUCAGCAGAAAGCAAAGUCUAAAGGCAAAGAAGAGUUUUAGUUCUCCCCCAAACGACACAUCACAUGGCCUUGCAUGAAUCAAUGAAACUGUGAUCAAGUCAACAAUAUUCUAUCAGAAGACAAGAAAUCCAUCCCACCCACUCACCGUCCCUCCCUUCCUCCAUCACUGGCCCCAGACAAGACGGACAGGCACUGACUGCUAAACUGUUUACUUCCUCUCUUAGUUCUCAGAUCACUGUGGCACCUGUAACUGAUUUAGUCUGUAAAUAUUUUAUUUUCGUUGAAGAAACUUAUUUAUGGCCUUUUAGACUUGUUUCUUUUUUUUAAGGCCUUUGAUGUUUCAGCUAGACAGCAGGUCGCUGGGCAGUGCAGUCAGGAAAACAGCUGCUUCUCUUCACAUGUUGCACUAUAGAACUUCACAACAUGCUUUCUGCCUCGCAUCAAGACCCGUUAAUUCUGAGUACUGUGUAUGCAUCGACAUACCAUGUUGCCAAAGCUAGCUGUAGCCUUAGCAUAGUUUUCAGGAGCGAUACUAUAUAGUCUAGAUUAAAUCUCUUCCUCUGGAGUUGAACCUGCUGCAGCUCUCUGACUGGGAACAAGAUGGGACUGUGUGUGUGUGUGUGUGUGUGUGUGUGUGCGCGCGCGCGUGCGUGCGUGCGUGCUUCCAGCCUGCUUCUCAUGCCUUGACGCCAUCAACAAACAUGGCUUAGUUGACUUUUAUUGAAUUUUUAGCGUGUUUUUAUGAAAAACGGUUUACAUUUUCUGCCAAGUCAUCCUGGUUUCUGUUCAGUCGUAGAUGAGUCUUCAGAAUUCCACAAGCGGAUGAAGGAACAGGUGAACUUUUGUAUAUUUUGCUAUGGAACUGUCUUGUUUCAAUGCUAAUAAUAACCUAUGCUAUAGACUUAUACUGUAUAAUGGUGGACCUUAUAGCAGCUGUGUUCUAGUGAUGUUUUGUGGCCUUGUGAGAGUAGAUGGAGUCAGAUAAAAUCAAUCUCCUUCUGCCGUUCAGUUCAGAUUUUUGUCAACUGUUUUUCUACAGUUUUAUGUUUAAAUGUGAAAAUGUUAGUCACCAUUCUGAGACAUUGAUUUCAGAUUUAAAUGUUUUGUAUGUGUGAACACAAGGGACUUGGUUGUUUUUCUCCACUCAUCACUUUAUCUUUAAAUUCAGAAAAUGUUUAAUUAGUCCUGUCAGCAUCAUUGUAUAAACUUUUUUGCUACAGUAAAGGGAGAUUGAACUUGGAUUGGUAAAAGAAGCUGAGCUUGGGAAAAAAGUUGCACAUGAUUCAGGAUUAAAUAAACUUUUUCCACAGUUUAAGAGUAGAAAUUGGUGGGAAGUUCUUCAGCAGUAUCCAUUCAUGUUCAUCCAUUUGUAUUUGAAGUAUUUUUUUGUCACUUAGUGAAUUAGGAUCAGCGGAGUCUCCUUGUUUCUGGAACAUGGUUUAUUCACGCAAAACUUUUUCACUUACAUUUUUGUGAAUUAAAUGUGUUCCUCCCAAAUCAACUAAUAGCAAUUGGGAAAAGCGUACCACAUGGUUGUCUGCUUCAGACUGGUGUGAUAUUAAUUAUUCUUGCAUUAAAAGUGCUUGAAAUAAAUUAAAUGCAAAGGACUCGAGCCCUGGCCAAAACAAA